GUCGCCAUAGCAACAGCAGCCCUCCUAAACAAAGCCGAGAGAAGAAAACAACGAGAAAGUUUACCAGCAUUACUACACUACAUUUGUGCUAUACUCAUCUUGUAAGCUGCAUAAAGAGUUUAACCACAAAAUCCUAUUGAUUUCUCUCCAUGUCAUCUUCUCUCCAGUAGUCUGCUGCUCUCAGAUCAAGUGUAAAGCCGACCUGCUGGCAGUUUUGAUGUAUGUAUUUCUUUUUUUUUUCUGUCAUAGGGUUCAUUGUUGAAAUCUAUCCUGAGAUAUUUUCACAUACUAAGUCAUUAUGGUCCGUCUGACGGUGCAUCUGAUCGCUAAAUUAAGCAAUCACUCAAAAACCAGCAGAAGUGAAUCUCUCCAGCAAUAUCUCAAGAAACUCACCCAUCUCAACUUCUCAAACAAAAAUAUAGAGGACAUUGAUGAUUUGUCGAUAUGCAGAAACCUCACUGUCCUCUACCUAUAUGAUAACCACAUAUCACAGAUCUGCAAUUUGGGAUUUGCCUCGAAUCUUACACACUUGUACAUGCAAAACAACAAUAUCUCUCACAUAGAGAACAUCUCAUCUCUACACAAUCUCUCCAAACUGUUCUUGGGAGGAAACAGCAUCACUGUGGUUGAGGGAUUAGAGGAGUUGAAAAGCCUGAAAGAGCUGCAUGUGGAAGGCCAGAGGCUACCCCAUGGAGAAAAGCUGGUCUUUGAUCCUCGUUCCAUCUCUAGCAUUUCGGAAUCUCUCUGCAUUUUAAAUAUCAGCAAAAACAACAUUGAUCAAAUAUGGGACUUGGCCCCUCUUAUUAAAAUUACUCAUCUUUUUGCUGCUGAUAACCAGCUACAGGACCUACAGGAGUUAGAGACAGUGUUCAGCCAAUGGUCUCAACUGCGGUUACUGGAUCUAAGUGGAAAUCCAGCGUGUCACAAACCUAAAUACAGGGAUAGACUAAUAACUGCCUGCAAAAUUUUAGAGGACCUUGAUGGAAAACAAAUAAAUGAAAUGUCUAGACAGUUUUUAAUCAACUGGAAAGCCUCAAGAAAAGCUAAGAAAAAAUUAGCCGAUCCACAAAUCAACAAUCCACUCGCAACCGAUUUUCACACGGGCCCCCAACAUCCCCAUGUACACACCAGCUCUCUGAGUAAGCCGUCAGAAUCUGGGAGGCCUGGCGUUACAUUUUGGACAGAAUAAUUGAACAACACACAACAUUGAAGGAAGGUCAUAAGUCUGAAUAUUUCAAUGAGGAUUGGUAUACUCUCAAAAUGUCAGAUCAACAGUCACCAUCUUAGUAAUUUUGCUGUCUCUUUAGUGAUGUCAAAAGUCUGUUGUGCACCUUUGGUUCUGUUAAAUAUUUAUCUUAAUAUAAUCACAUACACUUGUCUACACACUUAUCUCAUCAUAUGUGCACCAAGAAUUUUCAUAAAUACUUUUAAAAAGGUGAGCAUUCAGCUUUGCCCACUGUCACAUUGUCAUUUAUAAGAAAUGUGGCGUUUUUACAUCUCUUGACAGUACUGCAUGCACUGCCUAACUUAUAUGUGUGUUUGUUAUCAUUUACUCUGGAAUUUGCUGGUAUUUAAAAAUGUUCAACAAUUUACAAUUUAAAUUGACACCAGUAUGUAUUUCCAUACACGCACAAUAAAUGUUUUAUGUUAUGUUUUCAAAUUCAAAGACAAUAUUAUAGCCUAUUAUAAAA